GCGCGGGCGGCCACCAUGGAGCUAUGCUGCUCGGGAGUCGUCAGCAGCGGCGGCGGCGCCGGUGCCGGGACACCCCGGUCCCAGAAGCCCAGGAGCUCUCCUGGGUUCGUGGUUGCCCCGCCCAAGAGGCGGCCAAGCAGCCGCGCCGGCAGCCGCCAGCUCGCGCCGCCGCCCUGCGACGAACGGGCGGUGGGCCGUCCCGGCGCGGAGGACGUCGUCCACAUGCUCCGGUCGGCCGCCGACCCGGCGGAGGCGCUCGAGCUGUUCAGGUCCGUGGCGCGGCAGCCCAGGGUCGUCCACACCACAGCGUCGUGCAACUACAUGCUCGAGCUGAUGCGCGUCCACGGCCGGGUCGGGGACGUGGCCCAGGUGUUCGACCUAAUGCAGCGGCAGAUCGUCAAGGCCAAUGUGGGCACCUUCACCACCAUCUUCGGCACGCUCGGCGUCGAGGGGGGCCUCCGGAGCGCGCCGGUGGCCCUGCCGGUGAUGAAAGAGGCCGGGAUCGUGCUGAACGCCUACACCUACAAUGGCCUCAUCUAUUUCCUGGUCAAGUGCGGGUGCGAGAGGGAGGCGAUGGAGGUGUACGGGGCGAUGGCGGCAGACGGCGUCGUGCCGACUGUCAGGACGUACUCCGUGCUGAUGCUGGCGUUCGGGAAGAGGAGGGACGUCGACACGGUUGUUGGGUUGCUGGGCGACAUGGAGGCUCGUGGAGUGAAGCCAAAUGUGUACAGCUACACCAUCUGUAUCCGGGUUCUUGGACAAGCUGGAAGGUUUGAGGAGGCCCAUAAGAUUUUUCGGAAGAUGGAGGAAGAGGGGUGCAAGCCAGAUGUCAUCACCAAUACUGUGCUGAUACAGAUUCUCUGCGAUGCCGGCCGACUUACUGAUGCCAAUGAUGUGUUUUGGAAGAUGAAAGCGAGCGAUCAGAAACCUGAUCGAGUGACCUAUAUUACUCUCUUGGACAAGUGUGGUGACAAUGGUGACUCGCGGUCAGUAAGUGAAAUAUGGAACGCAAUGAAAGCUGAUGGCUACAAUGACAAUGUUGUUGCUUAUACUGCGGCUGUGGAUGCAUUGUGCCAGGUUGGGAGGGUCGAUGAAGCUUCAGAUGUUUUCGAUGAGAUGAAACAAAAGGGUAUAGUACCUCAGCAGUACUCAUACAACUCCUUGAUAUCUGGGUUUCUGAAAGCCGACAGGUUUAAACAUGCUCUGGAGCUGUUCAACCAUAUGAAUGUUCACGGCCCUACUCCAAAUGGCUAUACAUAUGUUCUUUUCAUAAAUUACCAUGGGAAAUCUGGCGAAUCUCUGAAAGCAGUUAAGAGGUAUGAGCUUAUGAAGAGCAAAGGGAUUGUUCCUGAUGUUGUUGCUGGUAAUGCCGUUUUGUAUAGUCUUGCUAAAUCUGGUAGGCUUGGAAUGGCAAAAAGGGUCUUCGAUGAAUUAAAAGCUAUGGGGAUUAGUCCAGACAUCAUCACCUACACUAUGAUGAUCAAGUGUUGCAGCAAGGCAUCCAAUGCUGAUGAGGCUAUGAAGAUCUUCUCUGAAAUGAUUGAGAACAGAUGUGUUCCUGAUGUUAUUGCAAUGAAUUCGUUGAUUGAUAUGCUCUACAAGGCAGGCAGGGGAAAUGAAGCCUGGAGAGUCUUCUAUGAAUUGAAAGGAAUGGAUCUUGAUCCCACCGACUAUACUUACAACACACUUUUGGCAGGAUUAGGAAGGGAAGGUAAAGUCAAGGAGGUAAUGCAUCUGCUUGAAGAAAUGAAAUCUAAAAGCUUUCCACCUAAUUUAAUAACGUACAACACAGUUCUUGAUUGUCUAUGCAAAAAUGGGGAGGUGAACUAUGCACUGGACAUGCUAUACAGUAUGUCAAUGAAAGGUUGCAUGCCCGACCUUUCAUCUUACAACACUGCUAUGUAUGGCCUUAUUAAAGAGGACAGAUUGAAUGAGGCAUUCAGGAUGUUCUGUCAGAUGAAAAAGGUCCUUGCUCCGGAUUAUGCAACAAUGUGUACUAUCAUCCCGAGUUUUGUAAGAGAUGGACUGAUGAAGGAAGCUCUGCAUAUUGUUAAAGAGUAUAUUCUUCAACCUGGUGCUAAAGUGGAUAGAUCUUCGCUCAGUGCACUGAUGGAAGCGAUACUGAAUAGGGCUGGCACAGAAAAGUCAAUUGAUUUUGCCGAAAACAUAGCAUCAAGUGGUAUUCACCUGGAUGAUUUCUUUCUGUGCCCAAUAAUUAGGCAUCUCUGCAAGCAUAAGGAGGCUCUGGCGGCACUUGAACUCGUCAAGAAGUUUGAGAAUCUUGCUGUGUCGCUAAAAACCGGGUCAUAUAAUGCUCUUAUUUGUGGCCUUGUGGAUGAAGACCUGAUUGAGAUCGCUGAAGGUUUGUUUGCUGAGAUGAAGAGUCUCGGAUGUGACCCUGAUGAGUUUACUUACAAUUUGAUUCUCGAUGCCAUGUCGAAGUCAAUGCGGAUUGAGGACAUGUUGAAAGUCCAAGAAGAGAUGCAUAACAAGGGAUACAAAUCAACUUAUGUGACCUAUAACACGAUCAUUUCUGGUCUUGUAAAGUCAAACAUGCUGGAUGAGGCUAUAAACUUAUACUACCAGCUAAUGAGCGAAGGUUUCUCUCCCACACCAUGUACAUACGGUCCUCUUCUUGAUGGGCUGUUAAAAGAUGGAAACAUAGAAUAUGCAGAAGAUCUUUUUGAGGAGAUGCUGGAGUGUGGAUGCAAACCUAACUGCGCCAUCUACAAUAUUCUGCUAAAUGGUUACCGAAUAGCAGGUGACACAGAAAAAGUCUGUGAGCUCUUUGAGAAUAUGGUCGAGCAGGGAAUAAGCCCGGAUAUAAAAACAUACACAGUUCUCAUCGACACCCUCUGCGCGGCUGGGCGGUUGAAUGAUGGUUUAUCUUACUUUGAACAGCUGACAGAUAUGGGAAUUGAGCCUGAUCUCAUCACCUAUAACCUGUUGAUUCACGGUCUUGGUAAAUCCGGAAGGUUAGAGGAAGCCAUCUCCCUCUACGACGACAUGGAGAAGAACGGAAUCACCCCGAACCUGUACACGUACAACUCACUGAUUCUCUACCUGGGACAAGCAGGGAAGGCUGCUGAAGCCGGCAAAAUGUACGAAGAACUGCUGGCGAGAGGCUGGAAACCCAAUGUUUUCACAUACAAUGCCCUGAUAGGGGGAUACAGUGUUUCUGGCAGCCCUGAUAAUGCAUUUGCUGCCUAUGGUCGGAUGAUUGUUGGAGGGUGCCGGCCUAACUCGAGCACCUACAUGCAGCUUCCGAACCAAAUGUUGUAACUUGUAACUAACAAGUAACAAGCUAGUUGUUGGACGAGCUGUUUUCUGUAUAGUUUUUUUCUAAAUGGAGAAAUGAUCAACUGUAGAUAGUAACCAGCAGUGACAUGUAUCUGAGGGUACACUCCUAGAUGUAUUAUUCUGCACUGAUGUUCCAUUUUUGCUGGCAAAAAGUUCCACGACACGCGGUUUAGUGGUUUGUCUUUGCCAUUUC